AUGAAGACCAUUACAGGAUGUGGGUCAGGUUAUUAUCAGGUGGCUCUGUUGUCUCUUUUCGUGAUUCACUCCAACUUGCCUGACCCUUCUCUCAGGAUGUGUCAGUGGUGGCACGGUCUCCUCUGCAGCGGCAAGGAUGUAAUGCCCAAAAUGCUGGGUCCCAUGCUGGUCAAACUGGGGACUGUUAACCGAGCGUCACUGAUCGACGUCCCGUCUUUCUCUGGCAAACCGCGUCCUGGUUUCACUCUUGAGCUUAGCUCGCCAUUUCGCGUUAGCUCAACUUCUUCCAGUAGCUCGCCGUCUUCCAGUUGCUUAUCGUCUUAUCGUGCCGACGGGUGUGAGGGUGUGGCGUUCGGAAUAUUCCGCGGCCUGUUGGUGGACGCCUUGUUCGGGGAAGUGACCGGUCUGACGGGAGGUCUUCGGGGCGUGUUAGAGUCCUUGGCAGACAGUGUCUGGCUGGAGAGCAGUGUGACGCGCAAGGACGGUGUGUCGACAAAGCUUGAGACGGCCGAUAUGACGGCACCGAAGAACUACUCGGACCUGGUGGGCGCGCCGAAGGUGACCUACCCAGAUGGUCGUGCCGGUCGGUGGGACCAGUGGGAUGAGGUGGCGGAGAACGUUGAGCACUUUAUGCGAGUUUAUCAUUACACUCUCGUGUGCGAUAAGAUGUGGCGAGGCGAAGCGCAGCUGGCGAGGAGAGAAGGUUCGGAUCGGCGUUCGGUUCGAGACGACCCGCGUUGGACCGUGCGGCCUCGUUUGUUCGCUCCGAGACGUUCGGCAGUCUAUCCGACACACUCGUCGGUCCAGCCACGGAGACGAAGGUCUGAGCAGCCAGUGUUAUAUUUGCCUCUCUUUAGCGAAGAUUUCGUGGUGGAGUAUCCGGAGGCGACUGUCGUGGACGGUAGGUGGAUCGGAGAGCGCCCCACUGCAGGUCGCAGUCCGGAGCCUCACGAUGCCGAUGACAUUUACUUGGUUGUGUAUCCUGUGGAGUUGUAUAAGCGGAAUGGCUCAGGCAUCUCCUGCUGUUCCGCCCUGUAUGCCGGUCCUUCCGAUACCCCCAUGAGUAAGCGCUUGUUCCACAGGUCUAGUAACGGCGACCUCUCCUCCAUGGUCAUUGCCACCGAAGAGCCGCGCCAAAAAAUGUCGGAAUUCCUCCCCUUUGACCAAGCAGCGAGCUGGGUUCAAUCCGCGCGAGCGGUAAGGCUCUCGGGGACCCACCACCCUGAUAUGGCUCGCAGCGACGCUAUGCCGUGCUUUGCUCCAACUCCAGUUGACUCACCAAUGUCGACACCACCAGAGUCGACACCGCCGCUGUCCCCCAAUGUGUUCUCGAAACGCAGGCGGGAGUGGAUUACUGGAGCACUCACGCAGGCAAUGGCCAAACCCUUUCCUCAAACUAUCAGUAUCAACGCGCGCUACGAGUGGAAAGAUGACGACCAAGAAGACGACCAAGAAGAAAACUAA